AUGCUUAUCUUGCUUUCUAUAUUUUUGCUUUUUAAUGAACCUUUUACAAAGGCAGAAGACACUAUUUGUCAAAAAAUGGGAGAUCCCAAGUAUGCGUUGUUUUCAAAAGUUGGAGACGUAACUAUUGGGGGUAUUUUUUCAAUCCGCAGUGUAGAAAUAUUACCUUCAUUGGAAUUUACACAAAAACCCCAGCUUCUGUCAUGCUCCAGUGUUAAUCUAAGAGAUUUCCGGAUGGCUCAAAUUAUGAUCUUUGCCAUUGAGGAGAUUAACAGAAGUGAAAGUUUGCUUCCUAAUGUUUCAAUUGGUUACAAAAUUUAUGAUAGCUGUGGUUCAAGACUAUCUUCUAUUAGUGCAACCAUGUCACUGAUGAAUGAUCAGGAGUUUCCAAAAGGAAACAUAUGCAAUGGACAAUAUCCAAUACAUGCUAUCAUAGGAGAAACUGAGUCUUCUGCCACAGUGAUUCUGUCCAGAACUACAGGACCUUUCAAAAUUCCAGUGAUAAGUCACUCAGCCACAUGCGAAUGUCUCAGCAAUAGAAGAGAUUACCCAUCAUUCUUCAGGACCAUUGCUAGUGAUUAUCACCAGAGCAGAGCACUUGCAUACAUUGUAAAAUACUUUGGGUGGUCUUGGGUGGGAGCUGUGAACAGUGAUAAUGACUAUGGAAACAAUGGAAUGGCCAUAUUUCUUAAAACAGCACAAGAGGAAGGGAUUUGUGUGGAGUACUCUGUUAAAUUCUACCGAACAGAGCCGGAAAAGCUUCAAAAAGUCGUUGAGACUAUGAAAAGAAGCACCACAAAAAUAAUCAUUGCAUUUCUAUCUCGUGUUGAGAUGGUCAAUCUACUUGAGGAACUAAGCAUUCAGAACAUUUCAGGCUUUCAAGUAAUUGGUGUGGAAGCAUGGACAACUGCAAAGAGUUUGAUCACUCCAAACAGUUUUCAUAUUCUUGGAGGGUCACUGGGGUUUGCAGUGAGAAAAAUUGAUACUGAGGGUUUUUUAGAUUAUGUUAUAAAAUCAUUCUGGGACUCAGCUUUUCCAUGCUUAAUAGUGAAUUCUUCUCAAUUAAAAGUUAACUGCAGUAGUUAUAAGGACCUUCUUGUGCUGAAAAAUGACAAUGAAGAUGUGCCUGAGCAGAGAUAUGCUAGCAAUGUCUACAAAGCAGUUUAUGCUGUAGCUCAUUCAUUGCACAGUCUGCUCAACUGCAAAGAAAAAAAAGGUUGUCAAAAAAACCUCACAAUACAACCGUACCAGAUGGUUGAGGCUCUAAAGAAGGUCAAUUUUACAAUAAAAUUUGGGGAUCGUGUAUGGUUUGACAGUACUGGUGCCACAAUUGCCCAAUAUGAGGUUGUGAACUGGCAGCAGGACUCUGAUGGAUUAAUACAAUUUAAACCAGUGGGAUACUAUGAUGCUUCAUUGCCCCCUGACAAGCGUUUUGUUGUUAAAACUGAAAACAUAAUCUGGGCUGGGGGAAAGUUAAAGAAGCCAAAGUCUGUGUGCAGUGAGAGCUGUCCUCCAGGCACCAGGAAGGCUGCACAGAAAGGAAGACCUGUCUGCUGUUAUGACUGUAUACCAUGUGCAGAGGGAGAAAUCAGUAACGAGACAGAUUCAGUUAACUGCAAGCAGUGUCCAUUGGAAUACUGGUCUAACACUGAGAAAAAUAAAUGUGUGUUCAAAUCUGUAGAGUUUUUGUCAUUCACAGAAGUUAUGGGUGUAGUGUUAGUCUUUUUCUCACUGUUUGGAGUAGGAUUAACUAUGCUGGUGGCCAUUCUCUUUUACAACAAGAAAGAUACUCCCAUAGUAAAAGCCAACAACUCAGAGUUGAGCUUCCUGCUGCUCUUCUCACUGACUCUGUGUUUCCUCUGUUCACUUACUUUCAUUGGUCGCCCAACUGAGUGGUCCUGUAUGUUGCGACACACAACAUUUGGGAUCACUUUUGUCCUCUGCAUCUCCUGUGUUUUAGGGAAAACAAUAGUGGUGUUAAUGGCCUUCAAAGCUACACUUCCAGGAAGCAAUAUAAUGAAAUGGUUUGGGCCUGUACAACAAAGACUUAGUGUUCUUGCCUUUACACUCAUACAGGUUAUCAUCUGUGUGCUUUGGUUGAUAAUAUCACCUCCAUUUCCCUACAAAAAUAUGAAGUAUUAUAAGGAAAAGAUCAUUCUUGAAUGCAGUCUGGGUGCUACAAUAUGUUUUUCUGCAGUUUUAUUUUACAUUGGCCUUCUGGCUAUCUUAUGUUUCAUUUUGGCUUUUCUAGCACGUAAGCUCCCUGAUAACUUCAAUGAAGCCAAAUUCAUCACCUUUAGUAUGCUUAUAUUCUGUGCUGUAUGGAUCACAUUUAUUCCGGCUUAUGUUAGUUCUCCUGGGAAAUUUACUGUUGCUGUGGAGAUAUUUGCCAUAUUGGCCUCAAGCUUUGGUCUACUAUUUUGUAUAUUUGUGCCAAAAUGUUAUAUAAUUCUGUUCAAAAAUGAACAAAAUACAAAACAACAUAUAAUGGGGAAGAUAAAGUAA